AGAAUUAUUUGUCGCUGAUCUAUCAUUUUUGAUAUGAUUCUCGCACUCGUCGUGGACAAAAGGAGAGUUUUAGGACCAACGAGUAAUCAAUGAAGAUAAAGAUUUGACUUGAAACUAUGUCGGAUAAAGGGGUUCAAGCGACAGUUGCCACGACCAGCAAUUCAAGCCCCCACAAUAAACGACCAACUUUUAUUUAUCCUACAGUUUCUCCAGAAACGGUUGUGAUACCAAUAGUGUCCUGUAUCUUUGGAUUUCCACUAUUGGCUUUGUUAGUCAUCUGUUGUUUAAGAAGAAGAGCGAAAUUAGCACGGGAACAUGCAAGAAGACGCGAUAUUGAACACGGUACAUUCUCUAUUAUCACGUACAGCUCAAUACACUACUUAGGCCGUUCAUCUCGAGCUGUUUCGCUUCGAUCGGAGCGCGCAAUGAGUAGAGGAUUUCCAUCGUUAGAACUAGAUACGGUGUUGGAAGAACGAUCUGAUCCGGAACCUGAGGGAACCGUUAUAGAAAUGGUUACACCUGAUAAGGAUUCUGACAGCUAACAAUUAAAUAGGCACAUCCAUUGUGCCGCUGACAGAUCGCCGUUAUGGACGGCAUUAACCCAUGCACACGCACUUGUGAUGGAAGAUCCGGAUAGAUGACAGGACGACAAAGAAGAGCAUUUAGAAGAUCCCGUAAUUCCGCACAUUGUUCCCUUACCAUUUGUACGUGGCCACUAACAAUUUAUCUAACAGAACAUCAUAUGUACUGUGUGCUUCAUAUUUGUGUAAAUAUUGUACAGUUAGAUUAUAUAUAUCAAUGUUUUAUCAGUGAAAACAGAUAUUUAUUUAUUAUUAGGUAAUUAAAGAAAUGGAGAUGCUAUUGUAAACUUGAAUUAUGUAGUCAUACAAAAAAUUGUCAAAUUACC